AUGGGCUGCACCUGAAAGUGUCAAUGUGGCAACAAGUCAAACGAAGCCACUCUUGAUGUCUCGCAAAUCACUUUAAAAGUAAUUUUCAGCUAGAUUCUAGAAGAAGACGAUACAUCCUUCGCUAAAAAAGCAUCAACUAAAAACAAUCAAACACAAAAAAUCAACUCAACGAUGCAAUCUGAUUCAAAAUAUUUUUCAUCUCCAGAAAUUACAGAAAAUCAUAACAAGCCUGACUUUCUUAAUCUUCGGCCUCCAUCUCCUCAUAAAGAAGCUUCCCAAAGAAUGCCAUAUGAGCAAGCUAUAAAAGUUAUUAGAAUUCUAGCAUUUUUUUAAUAAAAAAUUUGUUUAAUUCUAGAAAAAUAAAAAAAAAAUUCCUAUAAAAUACACAUCAAAAUUUCCAACUGAUUUUGCAACAGUCUGGAGUUCUGAAGAUGUUUUAUUAGAAGGUGAACUUAUGAGAUAUCGCCCUGGUAUUUCCCAUCAAUUUAUAUCUCGAUGAUGCCAAGUCACUUAUUUUGAAUUUAUGUAUUUCAAAAAUCAAUACUCAGCCCAAUGUUGGUUUGAUAAGCCUUUAUGCUUAGUCCCAUUAGCGCAAAUAAAAGAUGUGAAGCGGGCCAGAUUUAAAGUCCCAGAAAAACAGCAGAAGCUUAAAAAAUCCAACAACUUGUAUCAAUUUGAAAUAUUUUUAACAGAUGAAGACCAAAUGACUGAGCUCUCAAGACAUGCUGAUGAAGACCCUAUGAGCCAAAUUUUGUUACAAAAAACGAGCGUCAAUGACCAAAAACAAAGUGUAGAGGACGGAAAACUGAUGAAGAGACCUGUGAGAGUAGAAUCUCCAGAGAGAUCUGAAAGGUCUGAUGUCAGCAAAAAAAGCAGAGUCUGUGAAAGAAUAUCAUGAAGCACCAGAGAGAUUGAAUGAUACACAGCAGAGCGGAGGCUGUUGUUUAGUGCCCAGGAUGAAGCAACUUGCAUGCUUUGGAUAAAUACUAUCCAAAAUGCUUUGAGACGUCAUAAAUAA